AUGGCUUCUACUAUCACUGCUAUAACCAUAAGCACCUUUUCAACAGGAACCGGAGGCAUGUCGUUCAGAUCUGAAGCUGCAGGUGGUUUAUCUUCUUCGAUCUGGGUCCCGGUGAAGAGAUCAUCAUGCUCGACGGUAAUCAAAGCUAUGGGGGGAGCGGCGAAGUUCAAAGGGACGCAGAUGAGAGAGAAACAGCUGACGGAGAUGAUAGAGAAGAAGGUUGUAGAAGCGAAAGAGGUCUGCGAGGGUGAUGAGACAUCUGACGAGUGCAAGGUGGCCUGGGACGAGGUGGAAGAGGUCAGCCAAGCCAAGGCCGAUCUUCGGCUCAAGCUGGAGAAACAAGAUCCUCUCGAGUCCUUUUGCCAGGAGAAUCCCGAAACCGAGGAGUGCCGCAUCUACGAGGAUUGA